AUGGCAUCCUCUUCGGCACCAAAGGUGCCUGUUUACUCAGUUAAUGAUUUGAAAUCAACUACUGAUGACGCCCUCGUUCCAUACUUGUGCAACCUUCCUCAACCAUAUACCUUCACUCAAGAUCACUCAAAAUCCAAUGUCCGGUUCAUCCUGGGCUACAGUGCUGUCGCGAUUGCAGCGUUCACAUUCUAUGCCGAUCGCAAACUGGGCUGGGAAGCAACAACCUCGCCAUGGAUCAUAGCAGCAGUGUUCUCAUACUUCGUCCUGAACUCGGUUCUCACGUACUGGGUCUGGGCCGUGGAGGCGGGCGAGGUGUUCCGAGGGAAGCGGAAGUCAGGUGAAACGAUCUCGAUUCAAUCCUUUGCCAAGAAGCACUCUCCCCUGUACAAGCUCCGAAUCGUGUACACCUCUCCUUCCAACAAAGUCCUUCAGGAGAAAGAGAUCGAGACUCCGUUCACGAAGUGGUUCUCGGCGGAGGGAUUCUUUCAUCCUGAACCUCUGCGAAGCUGGCUGGCGACGGAAGUUGAGGUCCUGCGGCUUGCAGCUAAGGAGACCGAGAGAAAGACUGGUGGGGUUGGGAGCGUUGUAGGAGUCCAAGAUUCCAAAAACAGGAAGUAA